AUGUCCACACCCAACCUCGAUGCCCUCCAGCGCGACGGCUUCGUCGUCGUCCGCAACCUCCUAACCCCCACCGAAAUAACCCACUACCGCACCAUCGCAACAGAAGCCACCACCAAAACCCGCACCGGAAGCUGGCCACACUUCCGCACCGUCCCCAAACAAUUCCCCCCCCUGGCCCUCAACCCCACCCCCCGCCUCCGAAGGCGGAAUCUGGGGCGCCGCUCAUCCUUCGCAAAAUGCUACUUCUCCCCGUCCAUCCUCGCCGUCGCCGAAGAACUAAUGGGCGUAACCCCCACCCCCACCAACAACAACAAUGAGCCCCUCGUAAUGGAACUCUUCAACCUCCUCGUCGCCCCCGAAACAAAAGACUUCGAACUCCGCUGGCACCGCGACGACGUCCCGGAAUCCGCAACCGCAGAUGAAGAACUCACCCAACUAGCCGCCAAAUCCCCCGGCGGUCGCCAGUCACACGCCCAGUAUAAUCUCGCACUAUGCCCAGACGCCUCGCUAAUCGUUGUGCCGGGGUCACACCGGCGCGCGCGCACAGACGCAGAGCGCAAUGCAGACCCGUAUGAGGCUAACAUGCCGAACCAGCUGGUCGUCACGCUGCAGCCCGGCGACGCGGUCUUCUACGAUAGCAAUAUCCUGCACCGCGGGACGUACAAGGCCAAACCUGCGAGUGGCGAGGAGACGCGGCUGACGCUGCAUGGGAGUUUGGGGCUGAAGGCUGCGGAUGCGAGUGAUGCGGAGACGAAGAAGGUGCGUGCUACGGCGGUUUUGCAGCAUGGGGUUGGGGCUUGGGUUAGUGGGGAGGAUGCGGCUUUUGGGCUUGGGGAGAGGCCUGAGAGGAUGAGGGCGAAUCUUGUGGGUAUGGGGACUGGGGAGGGGGUCGGGUUUUCUUUGCAGGGGUAG